GAUGAGAACGACCGACGCAUGCUAAGCUGAGUUGGCUCCACACUCCCUCCCGGGUGGAUGCGGUGCAGGCGGCAUCUCCUCCGCCUCUCGCAGCAGCCAGCCAGCCGCGGCUGCGUGUUUCGACUCGCUGCCUCUCACCUCUGCCUCUGCCUCUGCUGCUGCUGCGAGCUCCCACCUACAUAAGGGCUUAAGCCUUUCUCUCCCCGAUAAUAUUGCUGCUGUUCAGGUGGAUGAUCCAUCGACGAUCAACAAUAUCAUCGUCUGCGCGUCUGUCAUUCAGGCUAUAUGAGGCUAUGAGCCAGUGACGAACUUGAAUAAUCUCGUGAAGGGUUAUCAAAAAACAUCUUAAUUGUCACCAGCCAGUAAACUAAUUUUUUUUUGAAGAGGGACAGUAAACUAAGUUAAUCCAGCAUCAGGAAAAAUGGGUUUCUUGUCAUUGCUUCUGGUGGCUUCUAUGCCCAACAUCCAGGUCCUACUGAUAGGUGUUAUUGGAGCUUAUCUUGCGUCUGGUUACAGCAAAAUUCUAACUUCAAGCGCUCUAAGAGAUAUGAACAAGGUUGUUUUCACUGUAUUCACCCCAUCUUUGAUGUUUGCUAGCCUGGCGAAGACGGUCACGCUUUCUGAUGUCAUUUCUUGGUGGUUUAUGCCAGUUAAUAUAGGAAUCACAUUCAUUGUUGGUGGCACUCUUGGGUGGAUAGCAUGUCAAAUCUUGAAACCACCACAACAUUUCCGAGGGAUGAUCAUUGCCUUCUGCUCAGCAGGAAAUCUUGGAAAUCUGCUCUUGAUCAUUGUUCCAGCAGUCUGUGACGAAGACGGCAACCCGUUUGGAAAAGACCGAAGCCUCUGCCGCUCUCGUGGGCUCUCCUACUCAUCACUGUCCAUGGCUCUUGGUGGCCUGUUCAUAUGGACGCAUACAUACAGCCUCAUGCAGAAGGCAGGCAAAAUGUAUCAUAAGAUGCAGUCCAAAAGUAUCCAGUGCCCAGCUGACAGUGACGAAGAGCAUCCUGCACAAUGCGAUGAUCAAGUAAAACUAGGCGGUGAAACUUCUUACGGCGAUGAGGAGGCACCUCUUCUAGUGCCAGCUAAAUUGACUGAACACAAUGAAGAGAACCAAAUGGAAGCUCCACUUUUAUCUUGCGAGAGUGAGAUUGCUAACAAAGGCUUCUGGACAAACAUGAAGGAAACCAUCCACCAGGUUGUCGAGGAGCUGAUGGCGCCACCAACUGUAUCUGCAAUACUUGGAUUUGUUGUUGGUCUAGUCCCAUGGUUGAAGUCUCUUGUCAUCGGUGAUGGUGCCCCUCUUAGAGUCAUCCAAGAGUCCCUCCAACUAAUGGGAAAUGGCACGAUUCCCUGCAUCACCCUCAUCCUAGGUGGCAAUCUGACACAAGGGCUACGGAAGUCGGUGCUGAAGCGGACGGUGAUCAUCACGAUCCUCUGCAUUCGCUAUGUGAUGCUGCCACUGAUCGGGAUGGCGGUGGUCCAUGCUGCAUACGGGGUAGGGUUCUUGCCUCACGACCCGCUGUACCGCUACGUUCUGAUGAUGCAGUUCGCACUGCCACCUGCAAUGAACAUCGGAACCAUGGCUCAGCUGUUCGAUGUUGGCCAAGAGGAAUGCUCGGUGAUCUUCCUGUGGUCCUACCUGAUUGCUGCCAUUGCACUCACGACGUGGUCGACGAUAUUCAUGUCCAUCCUGUCUUGAGGCUGACGGCGACGAGAAGAACCGAAUUUGUGGUAAUAUUUGGUUUAGCUGCAAUGAUCCACAGCUCAUAAGAGAGCACGAAAAGAGGCUGGAGACGAUGAGUGAGCAUUUUGAAAGAGUCGAAAUGCAGGCUCGUCCGCGUGCACCAAAUGUAUAGAAAUUCAAUCGGUAUAUUCUUUAGGUAAUGAAAAUUCAUGAAGUAGGUCCUCACACACAGAGAGAAAAGAUUGGGCAUAGGAUUAUUUCUGUUAUCCCAAAUUUUUGGUACAUUCAAUUUAUAAUUGAAAUACAAGGUGGCAGAAUCAUAGAAAUAGUCACUACAACAGAUCCCCUUGGU